AGAAAAGCACCGAGCUGUUUGGGGAGCAGCCAGGAGGCGGCACAGGGCACUGGGACGUGCCCGAGGGCUGUGGAGCUGUGUGAGGUGGCUGCCAGGCAGGCCUCAGCGAGCACCGUGACAUGUCCCCAGAACAUGGCUCCAGGUCUGUCCCUCGAUCCAGGCUGAGAAGGCUCCAUGCCUGGGCAGAGCACAGUGGGAUGGUCAUGCAGUGCAGAGCCCUGGGGCAGGCUCUGGGCAUGCCAUGGCCCUACCAGACACGAGCAACACAGGCUGAAAAAACAGAAGGCCAGAACAAAAUCCCUGUGUCGGAGGAUCACAUUCCUGGGGACUUAAAUUGUGUUUUCUCUCUGAAGAGUCUGUGGAGUCGAGGCAUUGUGCACUUGUGGGUAAGACGUUGCAUGCCCCAGAUGCAUGCUGUUUCCAUGGUGGAGUGGAGACAUGAGCGUUAGUGAAGGUGCUGGCUCAGGGGCACAUGGAGCAGCUCCCGUCUCUCUAGAGGGACAACCUGCACCACAGAGUGUGGAGUGCUGUGACAGGGGCUGGUGGUUGUGCCCUCUCUCACUUUCAGUGGACGUUUUAACCCUGCAAGUAGUAAGGUGUCAUCAAAUCACAAAAUACCCUGAAUUGGAUAAAAUGACCCACAGGAUCAUCAAAAUCCAAUUCCUUGCCCUGCACAGGAAACAAAACGAAUCACACCUUGUGCCUUAGACCAUUGUCCAAGCGUUUCUUGGUCUCUGUCAGACCUGGUGCUGUGACCACUUCUAUUGGGAGCCUGUUCUAUGCUCACUCACCCUCUGGGUGAAGAACCUUCUCCUGAUAUCCAGCCCAAACCUUCUGUGACACCACUUUGGCCAUUCCCAGGGGCCCUGUCACUGCUCACAGGAGUGUAAAUAUCAGUGUCUGCUGCUCUUCUUACCCUCACAAGGAAGUUGUAGACUGCAGUGUGGUCUCUCCUCAGUCUUCUCUUGUCUAGACUGAGCAGACCAAGUGACUUCAACCUCAUAUGGGUUCCCCUCACAGCCCUUCACCAUGUUUGUUCCCCCACUUUGGACACUCUUGACAGCUCAAUGUCUUUCUCAUACUGUGGUACCCAAAACUGCCCCCAGCACUCAAGGUGAGGCUGCCCCAGUGCAGAGCAGAGUGGGAUAAUCCUCUCCCUUGCCUGGCUGUGAUGCUGUGCCUGAUGCACCGCAGGACAUGAGUGGCCCUCCUGGAUUCCAGGGCACUGCUGACUCAUGUUCAGCUUCCCAUUGGCAGGACCCCCACGCCACUUUCCAUGGUGCCUCUCUUUCCCCAGCUGUACACACCUCCAGAAUUGCCCUGUCACAGGGCUGUAGGUGAAGAUGCAGGAGCCAGAACUUGUUGCAAAAGCCCUGCGAGCUGUUCUUCACGCCUUUAAAAAUGGUGUACGUUUGUCAGAACUUCAGAAUGAAUACAGAUCCCUGACCAAUGAGUUCAUUCCCUUCAGGCACCUAGGAUAUGACACACUGGAAGGCUACUUGGAAAGUAUCCCAGGAGUGGUCAGAAUGGAAGAGAACAAAAUGGGAGAGGUAAUUUGCCAUGCUGUUAGUUGCAAUGAAACUGUACGAGUUGCUCAGCUGGUGGCCCGACAGAGGAGUUCCAAGAAGAAAACAGUCCGGCAGGUGAACUGUCAGAUGAGGCUGAAGAACACAUCACCAGUCAGUUUAUCAGGAAAGCCCAAAGGAACUUUGCGGCAGCCCCGGUCUUUGAACAUGCCAGAAGAAGGCAGUUCUAAGAGGCCUGUUCCUCGCCUGCCCCGAGGCAGAGAAGUGGCAUGUGGAGGUGUGAAACCUGUGGUGGAGAGUGCCCGAUCUGCCUUACCUUCAGCUGCUGGGAGUGGACCACCUAAAGAAAUCCCCAUGCAGAGGCAUGUCACUGUGGUAAACAGAUCUGAGAAGAGGCUGACUGUCCCACCACGGUUUCAAAAGGAGUUGCAAGUUCACCUGUCCAGAAGCUCUUCCACAGAGUCAAAUGAUAGCUUGAAUACAUCCACUGCAGAGGCACAUACUGUUGCCCCUGGCUCUUCUGCUGCUGAUAUCCAUGAACUUCAAAGUCGCAUUAAGGAGCUGCUGAGCAAGUACAGCAGUGGUGUCAGACUGUCAAAGAUGUCUCAGAUAUAUCGGGAAAUGUACUGGGAGGACCUGAGCACAGAAGUGCUCUAUCAGCUUGAGAACUGGCCUCAUGUGUGCACAGUGGAGAAAAUACACAGAGGUGAUCCAAUAGAUGGAUUUGUUUAUCCUGCUAAGAAAAUACCACCAGCAGCAAAAAGCGAUGCUGAGCAAGAAAAGGCAUCUCAGAAUGUUACUUCACCAAAAGCAGACCCUUUGUUAAAGCCAAAUAUGGAGACCACACCUGCAUCACUCAGUAGCGACUUCAAAGCAAAAGUCGUUGGCAUCUUGCUGAAGUAUUCCAAUGGUCUUUGGGCUCAUGCACUUCCCAAAGUGUACCAAGACACUUACCAAGUAAAAUUCCCAGAAGACAUUCUAAAUAAUCUAGAGUUGCUGGCAGAUGUAUGUGUUGUGGACUACGUAUCUGAAGUCCCCAGAAAGGCGAUCCUCUAUGCUAAACCCCAGAAAUGCAUUGAUGAAAAUCUGAAUGUCACUGAGAAAGUCAAGAGGCAUGAUAGUGUGAAGGCCACAGCUGAACAGAAGUAUGAAGAAUCCAAGGACCAGUACCUAGAAAACAUAACUGUUCCUUCUCUAAUUAUUCCAUCAGAAGGAUCUGUGUCCAUCAUGGUGUUAGAAUUGAAAAACACUAAUGAGGUCCUGAUUAGGUAUGUGGGCAAAGAGUAUUCUUCUGCCCAGGAACAAAUGGAAGAUGAAAUGAAAGCAUACUACAAUCAGACCAGUACAGUGUCAUCAGCUCAGUCUCUGAGUGUUGGGCAGCUUGUUGCAGUACAUGCUGAAGAAGAUGCCUGGUUGCGUGCACGGAUAAUUUCUCUGGAGGACAACAGAGUGAAGGUAUACUAUGUUGAUCAUGGCUUCAGUGAAUUUGUUGAAAGCAACAGUGUGUGCAGACUACAGAAACAAUUCAGAUCACUUCCUUUUCAAGCUGCAAAAUGUAAACUGGCAGGACUGGAAGCCUUCUGUGAUGAUCCUGUCCUAGUAAAGGCUGUGGAAUCACAGACAUGUUUCAAGAUAUUUGCUGUGGAAAUACUGGAAAAGAGUGAUACUCCUCUUCUUGUUCUCUAUGACACUUCUGGAGAAGAUGAUAUCAACAUCAAUGCUACUUGUCUGAAGGCAUUGUAUGACAAGUCCCUUGAACUGCACCUACAGGCAGAUACGCUAUAUACCAAUGUCAGAGUAACCAGUGUUUCCUCUGAUGGGAGCCUGUAUUGUCAAGUGCCAUCCAAAGGCUUGUCUAGACUUUCUGAAAUAUUGCAGAAACUAGAAGACUACUUUACUUACAAGCAGACAUCUGAGUUCAAUGUAUUGCUACCUUUCUGUGGCAAAAUCUGCUUGUUUCCUUCCAAAGGAAAAUUGGCACGUGUAGAGAUAAAAAUUAUUCACACUAGACGGGCACUUGAUGUGCAAUUUAUGGAUAGUGGAACAGUUGCAACUGUAAAAGUAUCAGAGCUCAAAGAAAUCCCACGACAAUUCCUGAGAGAAGUAAUUGCAAUACCUCCUCAGGCUUUGAAGUGCUGUCUGGCAGAUCUGCCUCCUAACACUGGCAUGUGGACUCCAGAUGCUGUACUGUGGCUGAGAGAUGCUGUAAUAAAUUGUCCUGAAUUUAGCAUGAAGGUGAUUAAACAGGAUGCUUCAAAAGGAAUUGCACACAUCUACUUGUUUGCUCCAGAGAAUUUCCCAGACAUGGAUCGUAGCAUCAAUAGGCAGAUCAAAAAUGCAGACUUGUGGAAGCAUCAAAAAGAUGUUUUCUUGAGUGUGGCUCCCAGUGGGACCGGCUUCACAAAAGCUGUAGGUGAUGCUGUUCCAGCUCUACAGUUACCUAGUGGGAAGCUGGAGAAGAGUUUCCCUGAUUCAGGCAGAGAGCCCAGCAGUGCAGUGUCCAGCAUGGAGAUGCCGCCCCCUCUACCCUUGCCAAAGCCUGGUGACCUCAUGGAUAUCUACGUCUCGGUGGCCUGCCAUCCCGGUCAUUUCGUUGUCCAGCCUUGGAAUGAGCUAAACAAUCUGUAUGCCCUAAUGGAAGAAAUGAUCUUGUACUACAGCAGGGCAGAAGAGAAACCUGUGACCAUUGAAAAAAAUAAGCUGUAUGCAGCUAAAAUUGGAGAUGAGUGGUACAGGGUCAUAAUAAAAGGGAUUCUUAGAAAUGGGUUUUUGUCAGUGUAUGAGCUGGACUAUGGCAAACAUGAGUUUGUCAGCGUAGGGAAAGUACAGCCACUCCUGGAUACGUUCAGAAGACUACCUUUCCAAGCUAUCACAGCUCAGCUUGCAGGAGUGAAAAACCAGCAGUGGUCAGAAGAGGCAUCAAUAGUGUUUCGGAAUCUGGUAGAGAAGAAACCUUUUGUGGCACAGAUACAGGCAGUUAAUGACAGCACUAACUCUUGGGAUCGAAAAAUAGUGACUUUUCUUGUGGACACAUCUCUUCCACAUAUUGAUACAUGGAUUCAUGAUUUUGUGUCUCAGAGUCUUGUGGAAUUUUCAAAGGGUGAUUAAUCAUCACUUCUGCAAUGUAGCAGCUUAGCAAUAAAAUGAGUAACAGGCUUUGAAGAGAAGUAUAACUACUACAUGGCCUUGAAGACAUAAUGGGGAUAAAAUUGAAAAAUCUGUGUUUGUUUAACAAGUUUGGAUUCUGUUGACUUCAGUUGACUUUCUGAAAAUUUUAACGUUGUUUACCAUUUUAAUGCUAGAAUAUUUGAGUUAAAUUAUUUUAAAAGUUAUUUAUCAAUAAAACAAUGUUCAAUUGUG